CGAAAAAAUUGAGGCAACGUUCAGUAAUGGCAUUCAGAGCUAAGGCUGGUGUUAGUGUUGGUACCGGCACAAGGUCCCACUCAGGUAACGGCCUGGUAGCCUCGCUUUGUAAAGGGAUACGGGCCGCAGAGCCGGGCAUGGCCUCUGCGUGGGGACAUCUCGUCCGUUCCUCCCUUUCAACUCCCUUUACUGCACAAAAGUCUCAUGAGUUCCACGAUUGAUGUUUUUGACUCGUUUCCAGUGGUGUGACCAUCAUGCUGAAAGGAAGGUGUUUUUAUACUGGUCGCUGUUCCUAAGAUUACGGACAGCCAAAUAAACCUUUAUUGACACUCAGGGCUACUAAUGUUUCCGAAAUUCCAUUUUGAAAUCACCGUUACGGCUUGGGUGUCAUGUUCUACUACUUCCUCCAAGAUAUCUGGCAAGAAAGGCCUUUACUGCUCUCAGGAAUACCAGUCGUUCUCGUCUUUCUUGUUCUCUACCGAAGGUCGCAAUGGUCUCGGUCCUCACAGGCUCCCACGGUCCCGUAUAUCAUACCAUGGUUGGGCUCUGCUAUCAGUAUGGGCAAGAACCCUGACGCUUUCUUUGCGGAUUGUACUGCGCGCUUUGGGCCUGUGUUUCGUGUGGUGGCCGCUGGCAGGACGAUGACUUAUAUCACUUCAUCUAAUCUUAUCAGUGCGAUCUAUCGUGAUUCAAAGACUUUCGAAUUCGCACCCAUCCGCAAGGAAAUGUCCAUAACGGUGUUCGAAAUGUCCCACGAAGCGGUCUAUAAUGGAUUCAUGCAGCAGGAAUAUUUUCCUAUGCACCAUCGACUCCUUUCGCAAACCGCUAUCCCUCCUCUUCUCUCCCGUUACGCUGAACUCGCAGAAAAGUCCAUUAUCGAGUCCCUCACGACGAGGACGGCCAAGGGAAAGGCGCUGCUGAGCGAAUUCAUUCUGUUGGCAUCGUAUGAUGCGGCGGCGUAUGCGUUCUUCGGAACCAAGUUCCCGGCGAAGGAGACUUACCCAGGUUUUCGCACGUUUGACAAUAAAUUCCAUCUCAUUGCGGGCGAGAUGCCAUACUUUUUAGUAAAGGAUGCGAGAAAGGCUUGGGAAGGUGUUGUGGAUAUCAUCGACAAGUACUUGGCGCAGGGGCCACAUGAAGACGCCUAUGAGUUGAUUGAUUGGCUAUCGACGCGUGCUGAAGGAGCUGGCUGGAGUAGGAAGGAUGUUGCCAGUGCCUUGGGUACAGAGUUAUGGGCACUGGAAGCUAACGCAAUAGUGGUGGCGUUUUGGGUGAUUGUGCUCUCGCUGCAGCAACAUCCAGACGGACUCGGUCUGGAACCUCUCGUUGCUGAAAUUGACAAGGCUCGUCCAGCACAUCCAGAGAAUAAUGACUGGAUAAUAACCGCAUCUAUGCCCUUGCUUAUCUCCACCAUCAAGGAAACAUUGCGGCUGACCACUUCGACGUUCUCCAUCCGGAGAGUCACCAAGGAUACGGUUUUUGCUGGGUAUGAGCUCGAGGAGGAUUCACGAGUGAUCUGUGUGACAAGGGCGGUGCAUAUGGACGAAGAGAUCCACGAGGACGCACACAGGUUCAUCCCUGAUCGGUAUAUGAAAAUUGACGCAGGUCAGAGGCUGUUCAAAGGUGGUAAAGAGAUUAGGGACCAUUCGAUGCCUUUCGGGGGUGGUGUUUCUAUAUGCGAGGGCAGGCAUUUCGCAUUGACAGAACUAAAAAUAAUGUUAACGCUGCUACUGAUGCAUACAAAGAUAGAGAUAGACUCCGAGAGGGGACCGCAGCCUGCCGUCGAACUUUGCACAGAUCGAAUGGGAGUGGGUGCGAUGCCCCCUAAAGGAGAUUUGAACGUAAUUAUUCGACCACGGACAGUGUAGCAAAGAGAAUGUUUUAUUUAUUUAAAUCUUUCAACCAUGGAUACGUGGCAACU